UUUGUGAGAAGCAGCGUCAAUUGUCUUGAGGACUAAAAUGCUUGUUCUUCCAGGAUUUGUGGCAGUCACUUACUUUGAUUCUUCCUCAUGGUUUCUUUUUCACAAGGAAUGUAGACACUGGAAUACGUUGAAGAAACCACGAUUGAGUAUCACCAAAAGACUUUAUCCUUGUAAAAUAAUAUUAACUUCAUCAUAUCGACGAGACGAACCAGACAUAUCCAGUAUUCGCCUUGUUUUUCUUCGGUUUCUGGUUGGACUUUUGUCAAAUAGCACACGAGCUGACCAAGACCUUAAAGAUGCUUCUGAACGAGAAUUUAAGGCCGACUCUGACUUUUCUCUCAGUCGUUAUGUGUGGUGGAGAAUUGGAUAUCAACUAGACUUGUUAGGAAAUUUACCGAAAAAACAAUUACUAUCUGGUCUCAUGGCGAUGUUGUUUGGUUUUACUUGUGCUAGUAGUCUUACGCUUAUAUUCGGAGCUCUCUCCUUUUUGGACCCUUUGAUUGCCGGAGUUCUUGCUGUUUGUACGGAGUUAUAUACCCGUUACUAUUAUCAAGAAAGCUCUCCUUCAUUCAGUUUAAGACUCGUCAACGCGUUUAAAAUAGGUGUCAUGACUGGUCUGAUUUUAGAUGCCUUUAAGAUAUCUUCAUAGUGUCUCCUUAAAAUAUUUAUUACAAAA